UAUAGUUGAGAUUAGAGACAUCUUGCCAGAAUGAUUUCUUCAAAGCCCAGACUUGUCAUACCUUAUGGCCUCAAAACUCUGCUGGAGGGAGUAAGCAGAGCUGUUCUCAAAGUCAACCCAUCAAACAUCAACCAGUUUGCAGCAACGUAUUUUAAAGAACUUAUUGCAUUUAGAGAAGGGAAUGGAUGUCAGGACAUAAAAGAGCUGAUUAAAUUAUUUCAUCAGCUUAAAGUAGAGAAAUGGUCAGAAGGAUUGACACAAGAGAAGAAAACAGAAUGUGUGAAAGAAUCAGAAGAAUCGCCUUUAAUUUGUCAAGAACCUAAACGGGUGGAAAAAUCUACGGACACAGCGGAGGACAAUAUCAGUCCAACAUCACUGAACAACAAAACCACUCAGUUCCCGUUACUUAAUUUUCCAUGCCCAGCUGAGGAGGCAACUGAAGUCGUCUGUGGUCCUUCAAAACCAGUCACCCCUAAGAGUAUCACCCCACCUUCUUCACCAUCUCCAGAGUUUGCCUAUGUGCCUGCUGAUCCAGCUCAGUUUGCUGCUCAGAUGUUAGCAAUAGCAGCAAGUGAAGCAGGACAACCACCACCAUAUUCUAACAUGUGGACCCUUUAUUGUCUAACUGAUAUGAAUCAACAAAGUCGCCCGUCACCACCACCUGCACCUGGGCCUUUUCCCCAAGCCACCCUCUAUUUAUCUAAUUCUAAGGAUCCACAGUUUCUGCAGCAUCCACCGAAAGUUACUUCUCCAACCUAUGUGAUGAUGGACGACAACAAGAAGACCAAUGCCCCACCUUUUAUUUUAGUAGGCUCCAAUGUUCAGGAAGCUCAGGAUUGGAAAACGCUUCCUGGACAUAAUAUUGUUUCACAGUCAGAAGCCUUGAAGAGAUAUGCUGCAGUCCCAGUACCCAUUGCUGUUCCUGCAGAUCCUAAAUACCAGAAACACAUCCCUAAUCCCCAGAGUGUUAGUCCUCCUACUAGAAAAGAGGUCCCCAGAUCACAAAGUCCAGUUUUCCUUUCUGUUGCUUUCCCAGUAGAAGAUAAAGCAAAAAUGGUUUCACAAAAAGGUACAGGAUCUGGUGAAAAACCUCCCUUGGGAAGUUAUGGUAUUGCUGGAGAAAUUACUGUAACUACUGCCCAGGUUCGCAAAGCAGAAAGUUAA